CUAUGUAAAAAAUAUAUCCUAAAAAACAGGAAGCGUUCCAGGCAUCCACGAUAUCUCUUUCUUCUAUUACCAUGGCGUCACUCUCUUCCACUGCUCACACCAUUCCACCAGUUCUUCGAUUCAGGGCGACUGAUUCCAAGUCUCUCUCAGAUUCGUUCUCGAAGGUAGUCGCUCCGGCGAAGUCACGCGUAAUAGCGUGUUGUGUAAGGAGCGAGAACCUUGUCAAGCUUGGUGCGGGGGUUAUUCUCUCCCGUGGCCCCGUUGUCAAGCGGUCACUUCAGAAGAGAGUGGUGAUAAGGUCUGCAACUAUUGAAGAAAUAGAGGCAGAGAAAUCUGCUAUUGAGAAGGAUGUUAAAACAAAAAUGGAGAAGACGAUUGAAACGCUUAGGACUAGUUUCAAUGCCAUAAGGACGGGGAGAGCCAAUGUGGCUAUGCUUGACAAGAUUGAGGUGGAGUACUAUGGAAGUCCAGUGAGUCUGAAAAGCAUUGCCCAAAUCAGUACCCCCGAUGGUACUUCUCUUUUGCUCCAGCCUUAUGACAAAUCUAGCUUGAAGGCUAUAGAGAAGGCCAUCUUGAGUUCUGAUCUUGGAAUGACUCCUAAUAACGAUGGUGAUGUCAUUCGAUUGUCCUUGCCUCCCCUCACUUCUGAGCGCAGAAAGGAACUAACAAAGGUUGUAGCAAAACAGUCUGAAGAAGGGAAGGUUGCACUGAGAAAUAUAAGGAGAGAUGCCUUGAAGUCUUAUGAUAAACUCGAGAAGGUUAAGCUCUUUCUUUUCAAUUUAUAUUACUGUUUUUUCCUUGUAAUAUCCUUUUCGUCUGUCAUUUUAAGAAAACCAAGUUUCAUUUUUUCGCAGGAGAAGAAGCUGUCUGAAGACAACUUGAAGGAUAUGUCAAGUGAUUUGCAGAAACUAGUUGAUACAUACAUGAAGAAGAUAGAGGAGCUCUGCAAACAGAAAGAGAAGGAACUGUUGAAGGUGUAACUGAAAUGGUUGUUGGCCGACGUGACUCAACGAUCUGGUAAAAUCCACUUAAUCCAACUCCUUUUGCCUCUUUAACCUUUCUCGGAAAAAACAUCUCUUGUUUCUUGGCGUACAAGAAUGCCUCAGAGUUUUAAGUUUAUUUUCAGCUGGAAAACUUAGAAGACCUCUUUUUCCUCUUCUUCUUAUAUAUUCUUAAGUGAUCCCUCUUUGUACAUCAAACGCUUGUUAAUUUUUUCUGUACAUAUUUAGACUAAACAAAACCCAUCCAUC